AUGAAGGGUGUCGCUGCGGAUGAGGUGGCGAAGUUCGCUGCACUGCAGAAACACUGGUGGGAUCCGACAGGACCGCUGCGCUCUUUGCAUCUCUUGAACCCGAUCCGUGUGAGCUACGUGAACGACAUUGUACGGUCGUAUGCUAAGGCCGGCGGCAGCUUGACCGAUGCGUCGAUCGGUCUCCUCGGCAGCCACGGAAUCACACCGCAACAUCAAAUUCUGGAUGUCGGUUGCGGCGGCGGUAUUCUGGCCGAGAGCUUAGCUCGUAUUGGGGGCACCGUCACCGGCAUCGACGCCUGCGCUGAGUCCAUCGAGGUUGCGGAGAAGCGUCGUCAGGAAAUGGCUGCAAAUUUCGGUGCCUCCUCCUCGCCCUCCAACUGGUCCCAGCGGCUUUCCUACCGCCACGUCUCUCUCUUUGACAUUGUGGAGCAGGAGAAGCAGCAGUUUGACAUAGUCGUGGCGAGUGAAGUAAUCGAGCACGUGAGUGAUGCACGCGCGUUUCUGCAGGCCCUCUGUGAGGCGACGAGGCCUGGUGGGCUUCUCUUCUUGUCAACCAUAGACAAGUCACUGACGACUGCCAUCGUGUACAUCGGGGUGGCGGAGAUGCUCACAGGCUUCGUGGAGCCAGGCACGCACGACUGGCGGAAAUUUAUUCCGCCGGAUGACGUCACCGCGUUUGCACAGCGCUUCAGCGUGCGCAAGGUGGACCAACACUACAUCGUCACUUACCCUGAUUUCUUUCAGUCCGCCGUUUCGGGCGACUUCCAGGUAAACUUUUGCCUUUCGAAUAGCGUGAACACAGGGCAUUACUUCUGGGCAGGCCGUAAGUCCCCUCAGACAGAAGAGAAAAGGGCAACCAUGCCUCCUGGCGGAUGA